AUGGCAAGCCCCGGCUCCGGCUUCUGGCCCUUCGGAGCCGAGGAGGGCUCCGCGGCCGCCGAGAGCCCCGGCACAGCCAGAGCCUGGUGUCAGGUUGCCCAGAAGUUCACGGGAGGGAUCGGAAACAAACUCUGCGCCCUGCUCUACGGAGAUGCCGAGAAGCCCGUGGAAACCGGCGCCAGGGCAGCCUCGGGGGCAGCGGAGCCGCGGCCGGCCUGUACCUGCGACAAAAAACCCUGCGGCUGCCAAAAAGCGGAGGUGAACUACGCCUUUCUGCACUCAACAGAUCUUCUGCCGGCAUGCAACGGAGAAAUAACAACUAUGUCUUUCCUACAAGACGUUGUGGACAUUUUACUUCAGUAUGUGGUGAAAAGUUUUGAUAGAUCAACGAAAGUUAUUGAUUUCCAUUACCCAAAUGAGCUGCUCCAGGAAUAUAACUGGGAACUGGCAGACCAGCCACAGACCUUGGAAGAAAUUUUACUGAACUGCAGAACAACUCUGAAGUACGCAAUUAAAACAGGGCACCCUAGAUAUUUUAAUCAACUUUCAACUGGAUUGGACAUGGUUGGAUUGGCAGCAGACUGGCUGACAUCAGCAGCAAAUACUAAUAUGUUCACCUAUGAAAUUGCUCCAGUGUUUGUACUUUUGGAAUAUGUCACACUAAGGAAAAUGAGAGAGAUGGUUGGCUGGCCAGGGGGCUGUGGCGAUGGGAUAUUUUCACCUGGUGGUGCCAUAUCUAACAUGUAUGCUAUGUUGAUUGCACGUUUCAAGAUGUUCCCAGAAGUUAAAGAAAAAGGAAUGGCAGCUAUUCCCAGACUGGUUGCCUUCACAUCAGAACAUAGUCACUUUUCUGUGAAGAAAGGAGCUGCGGCCUUGGGCAUUGGUACAGAUAGUGUGAUUUUGAUUAGAUGUGAUGAAAGAGGGAAAAUGAUUCCAUCAGACCUUGAAAGAAGAAUUCUUGAAGCCAAACAAAAAGGAUUUGUUCCUUUUCUGGUGAGUGCCACAGCUGGGACAACAGUGUAUGGGGCGUUUGAUCCUCUCAUAGCUAUUGCAGACAUCUGCAAGAAAUACAAAAUCUGGAUGCACGUGGAUGGAGCAUGGGGUGGUGGGCUCCUGAUGUCAAGAAAACACAAAUGGAAGUUAAAUGGCGUUGAAAGGGCCAAUUCGGUGACCUGGAACCCUCACAAGAUGAUGGGUGUCCCACUGCAGUGUUCAGCCCUGCUAGUAAGAGAAGAGGGAUUAAUGCAGAGUUGCAAUCAAAUGCAUGCUUCCUACCUCUUUCAACAAGACAAGCACUACGACCUGUCUUAUGACACGGGAGACAAGGCUUUGCAAUGUGGACGGCAUGUUGAUGUCUUCAAGCUAUGGCUGAUGUGGAGGGCAAAGGGAACCACAGGAUUUGAAGCACAAAUAGAUAAGUGCUUGGAACUUGCAGAAUACCUAUACAAUAAAAUAAAGAACAGAGAAGGGUAUGAAAUGGUGUUUGAUGGAAAGCCUCAGCACACAAACGUCUGCUUCUGGUAUAUACCUCCCAGCUUGCGCAGUAUGGAGGACAACGAGGAAAGAAUGAGCCGCCUUAUGAAGGUGGCACCAGUAAUAAAAGCCCGCAUGAUGGAAUAUGGCACGACCAUGGUGAGCUAUCAGCCCCUGGGAGACAAAGUGAACUUCUUCCGGAUGGUCAUCUCAAACCCCGCAGCAACUCACCAAGACAUUGAUUUCCUGAUUGAUGAAAUAGAACGCCUGGGACAAGAUUUAUAAUAACUGGGUGUGAAAGUCUGUUCCUGGACCUCUAAGUAGACAAUUAAGUUGUCACAAACUGUGCGAAUGUAUUUGUAGUUUGUUCCAAAGUAAAUCUAUUUCUAUAUUGUGGCGUUGGAGUAGAGUACAGUUUAAAAUCAAGAAACAUGGCUCCUUUAAAGUCCUUUCCUGAGUUUUAGAAUGCCUCCUUAAUAAUUAGCUGCACAAAAAGCUGCAUUGAAACAAAUAAGGAAGAACAGAAGAUACUUAAA